GCCGAAUUUCGGUUUCAUGAUUGCUCUGCAUUGUCGUUGUUGCGCUCAAGAGCUCAGAUCAACCUCGGCUCGUUCCGCCGUUGAGUUUGAGGCGACCCGUGCUCUAAAUUUUGGAAGUUGACUCCCAACGCCUUCCAGUUAUCAUACAUGAUAUUCGAUGACCAAGCCUUGGAAGAAUGGCGCCCGAACGCCCAAAGAAUCUUCGAUGCUUUUAUCCUGGGUAGCUAUAGCAAUAUAGGAGUCUCGCCGUGGAAUCGGGAGGUCAGUAAAUCAUUUGUCUCUGCCUUUAUUGAACCCUACACCCACCAAGAUUGGGAACCAAUCCUCGGACAGCCAGAAUUAAAAACAAUUUUGGAGCAUGUUCCUGGACAUAUCUUUGUGAUUGAGAUGUGUCGGAUGAUCAAAGCAUGGAUUGCUGAGAACACUGAUCAAAGGGAGAUGAGUGAUAAAUCACCAGCAAAGUCGGUGCAGGUAACCGACUCAUUGGGGAUGCCCUCAUGUGUGGGUUUGACUGCAUACCUAGAACCAUUCAAAAUUGCGGUCAUCAUUUGCCUAUCGCAGACCACUAGUUUUGAUGAGGAUGCAUUUCGUGAUACUUUGAUGUUAGAUUUUGGUUGCUGCAACACAGAAGCUCACUUUCUUGCUAGUUUGGCAGCUGCUGGGCGCAGCACCUGAUGAGUCCAUCACUCUUGUAAAAUACCUGCAUUUUUAU